AUGAGCAUAGUGAGUCAAGAACAAACUAAAGAGGAUAGGAAAAUAAGCAAAGAUAAUGAACUAUCAGAAUCCUAUUCUUAUUUUUCAGAAUUAAGAAAAAAAAUAAUUUUAAAAGAACAAGAAAUUGCAGAAAAAAGAAAUAAAGAAUUAAAACGAGGACAUAAAAAUGAAAAUAAUAAAGUUACAUAUAGAUCAUUUGAUGAAUUUUAUAAAUAUAAAAAAAAAUAUGAAGAUUAUGAAAGUAAAAUAAAAAAUGAAACAUGGAAACAUUUAAAUAAAAGUCAAUUUAAAGAAAGAGAUAAAUUAAAUAAUAUUAAUUUUAUAUCUAUCGAACAAAAUGAUGAAAAAUAUUCAUAUACUAAAUUUAAAAUGGAAAGAGCUGGAACAGUUAAACAAUUAAAAGAUUAUUUUCAAAAAAUUCAAAAUGAAAAAUUACAAAAAAAAAAUCAAAGUUUAAUUCGUAAAAGUAACACUAAAAAUUGGUCUACUCCUUUAAAUGCUGACAACAUAGGCAAAGAAAAAGGCGAAGCAAACGAAAAAGGCGAAGCAAACGAAAAAAGCGAAAAAAAUGAAGCGAACGAAAAAAAUGAAGCGAACGAAGCGAACGAACCCAUCAGUGAACAGAAUCAGACAACCGAAUCAAAUGUAAAGACAGAUUGUAAUAAUAAAAUAUCUACCAAGAAUAUCGAUUUUUCAGGAAAUUCUAUUGCACUAAUUAAAAAAAAUAAUAAUGAAUUUAUUGAUGAUACAAAAAGAAAUAUAUCUAUUGAACGUGAAGACACAACAGAAGGAGGAAGCACAUUUGGAAGGGGAAGUACAUUUGAACGAGAUGAAAAUGAUGAAAUAAUUGAAGAUGAGAUAUUAGAUGAUGAAAUAGAAAAUAUGGAUAAAAGAGAAAUAAAUUUAUUAUAUAAUUUAAUAAAUGAAAUGAAAAAAGGAAAUGAAAAUGAUGAAGAUUAUAUUUCAAAUUUAAUAGAAGAAUUACAUAAUUCAGAUAAAGGAUAUUUAAUUGAAAAAAUUCUUAACAUUUUAAAAAAGUUUGAUAAAAAUGAAAAACCAUAUCAAAUAUCAAAUCUUUCUUCUGGUGAGUUUAAUGAAAAUAUAAUUUCAAAAGAACUAGAAUAUUCUCAAAUAACAAAAAAUCAAAUUAUAGAAAAACGAGAAGAAUUCGAUAGUACUUUAUCUGAACAAGAUGAUAAAAAUGAAAUUAAAAAUAAUAAAAAACUAAAUAAUAAUAUAAAAAAAGAAGAUAAAAAUGAUAGUCAAUUUGAAUGGUUUUAUUCAAAUAUGGAUGAUAUUUAUAAAAAAGAAAUAAAUUCAAAUAUUGAUAAAAAUAUAAUUAAUGAUGAAAUCAAAGAAUAUUCAAGUGAUAGUAGUGAAAAACAAGACUUAUUUUUAUGGCUAGAUAAUAAACAUGUUCAAAAUGUUAUAACUAAGGAAAGUCAAAUUGAGGAAGAUAUCAUACCUACCAUUGAAUAA